UAUAAUUACUCGUUAUGUUUUUUUAGAUAGGACCUUAAUUUUUUGUUUCGCACAUGGCUUCGGAUUUUACCGACCCGGCCCUGCUGAAACCAAUGCCAUCACGUUGGAGCCGGGACCGGAUAUACUCAUUCCGCGGGCCCUAUUAAGCAUAACUGCAGCUAGCGGGGUUCAUAGACGGUGCAAUAAAUUCCUGCCCAGCAUUUGCAAGUUGGCUAGUAGUAUGGUUCAUAUAUAGGCGGUGCAAUAAAUUUCUGUCCAGCGUUUGCAGCAGUUGGCAUGUUAUAUAUGGCAUUACUAUUUGGAAUAAUUCUGGUGUGCAACGUGAGAGAGAGAUAGACCCGGACGCUGGGAGCACGAGUAUUCUCCUUAGGAAUUAGCUACCACUACUAUAUAUGCCAAGUUUCUUGUAAGUACAGAGCACGAAGAUCUUUGCCGCCAUUCAGUUUCGUGUGUAGAGAGCCAAAGGAGACGGCGAUGGGGUUAUGGGGCUUGCUGUGGGGGCUGCCAGGGCCAUCGGGCUUCGGUUCGGCGUCCACUGCCGAGGAGGUCACCUCGGGCAUCGACGCCAGCCAUCUCACGGUCAUCGUCACAGGAGCAACAAAUGGCAUCGGCAUGGAGACGGCUAGGGUUCUUGCGCUGAGGGGAGCAAAGGUGAUCAUACCAGCAAGGACGCUGGAGAACGGGAUGAAGGUGAAGGAGAGGCUCGCCGACGAGGUCCCGGGCUCGAGGCUGCACGUCAUGGAGAUGGACCUGAGCUCCCUCGACUCCGUUCGCAGAUUCGCGCGCUCCUUCAACUCCUCCCAUGAGCAUCUCAACGUCCUCAUAAACAAUGCGGGGAUAAUGGCCUGCCCUUUCCAGCUAUCCAAAGAUGGGAUCGAACUACAAUUCGCGACCAAUCAUGUCGGCCAUUUCUUGCUGACAAACCUUCUACUUGACAAGAUGGAGUCGACCGCCAAGGAGACCGGUGUGCAGGGCAGGAUCGUAACCGUAGCUUCGUCGGCUCAUAUAAGAAGCGAUGGUUCGGGCUUUGAUCUCAGCAAGUUGAACGAUAAGUCCAAGUACAAUGGAUGCAAUGCAUACGCAGUCACGAAACUAGCCAAUAUUCUGCAUGCAAAUGAGCUGUCCAGGCGUUUUCAGGAACGAGGAUGCAAUCUGACUUCAAAUUCCCUGCACCCUGGACUCAUUGAGACCAGCAUCAUUCGCUACGUCGAGUCAAGCAGAAUAUGGGCCUCACUUUUCAAUGUGAUCAGGCCUUUUGCCAAGGACGUACCCCAGGGAGCUGCAACUACUUGUUAUCUGGCAUUGCAUCCGGGUGUCAGCGGUGUGUCCGGCAAAUACUUCACCGAUUGUAACGAGGCGAGGCCGACGUCCGUGGCACGAGACGCAGAGCUGGCCAAGAGGCUGUGGGCGUUCAGUGAAGAGCUUGUGGAAAAUAGAUCAAAAUAGCGAGAGUGGUUUUCCUACCAUCCACCGGAUAUCCCGUGCAACCCCCGCUGCUUUGAGAUUCACGUGGGCGAAAUUUGUGUUGUUUCCCAGUGUUAUAUUACGGUUUGUUGGGUCCUUUUCUUGUUCCAAAGUGUAUAAUCAUAUUCCCUCGUGUACCAAUAAAUAAGAGCGCACUUGUUUCA